AUCAGAACUCCAUCCAAAAAGUGUAAAAUUCAUUUAUUUAUUCUCAAUUUCGCGAAUUACUGCCAAUUCAUAGCAGGAUCUUUAUUUACUUUUAACCAAGAAGACUCACAAAGGGCAACGGAGAAGACGUACAUACGAUGGUUCUCGCAAAAUCCAAAAAUGCUGUUGGACUGGGGAACAGUUUGAUGAAUGAUAGAUUUGGGAAGGGCAAAGGAGCAGAUCGCAAGAAAACCACAGCAACUGGAAUUCAAAGAACACACAAAGAUACCGGAGAAACCGUAUGUAAAAAUCUAUGAUUUUACUCUUUGAUACUGAAAGAAAAUAGUAUGUCACGAACGAAAAACAGGAGGCCAGUUGGGUCAAGAUGCGAUCGGUCACAGAGCAGGCAGCACUCGAUGAAUUCUUGUCCACUGCAGAGUUAGCCGGCACAGAUUUUACGGCAGAGAAGAUGAACAAUGUUAAGAUUAUUCAUACUGAUCAAAAGAAUCCAUACCUUUUAUCGGCCGCCGAAGAACGAGCUGCAGUUGGCAAACAAAAGGUACACAAGGAAAGACUCACGGUUCCGAGAAGACCGAAAUGGGAUUCUACUACCACGCCGCAGGAACUGGAUAGAAUGGAGAGAGAUGGUCUUUUGGAAUGGAGAAGAGGACUGGCUGAGCUUCAAGAAAAUAACGAUUUAUUGAUGACACCAUUCGAGCGCAACUUGGAGGUUUGGAGGCAGUUGUGGAGAGUUAUUGAGAGGUCUGAUCUUAUUGUACAAAUCGUUGAUGCUAGGAAUCCACUUCUGUUUCGAUCUGAGGAUUUGGAAAGAUACGUCAAAGAUGUUGAUAGCCGCAAAGAGAAUCUUUUAUUGGUCAACAAGGCUGAUAUGUUAACUUUGGAGCAAAGACAACAUUGGGCUGAUUAUUUUGAGGCGGCCGGUAUCAAAUACAAGUUCUUCUCGGCAGCUUUAGCAAAAGAGUUAAAUGAAGCAAUGCUGGAGGAAACCGAAGAAGAAACCAGGGCUUCGACUUCAGCGUCGAAACUAGCAGAAAAGGCCAGAGCACUCGGUCUUGAUGACGAUGAAGAUGACGAGGAUAGUGAUGCGGACAGUGACGAACAAGAUGAAGGGGCCGACGAGAAAGAAGAGGAUGAAGAAAGUGAUGAUGGAAUAAUGGAGACCGAAAGCACCAGAAUCUUGACAGUGGACGAGUUGGAGGCUCUUUUCUUGUUGCAUGCACCUGAGGUUCAAGGUAAGGGUCAUCACAUAUAAGCAACUAAUUCUAUAGCUAACAAAAUCAGAUUCCGAGUCAGAACAUCCUAGAAAGACUCAAAUUGGUCUCGUUGGAUAUCCUAACGUUGGUAAAUCUUCUACCAUCAACGCCUUAAUUGGCGCUAAGAAAGUGUCUGUAUCAUCGACACCAGGAAAAACGAAGCAUUUCCAAACUAUUCAUCUCAGUGACAAAGUUUUACUUUGCGAUUGUCCUGGAUUGGUUUUCCCAAAUUUUGCAACUACGAAAGCGGAACUUGUGUGCAACGGUAUUUUACCUAUUGAUCAGCUUCGAGAAUUCGUGGGGCCAGCUGGUUUAGUAGCACACCGUAUACCUCAAGGUUUCUUAGAAGCACUGUACGGAAUGAAGAUUGUGACCCGACCUUUGGAAGAAGGAGGAACCGGUAUUCCAACCGCCGAGGAAAUGUUAACAGCGUACGCUAGAGCGAGAGGUUUCAGGAGGACAGGGCAAGGUCAGCCGGAUGAGUCGAGAGCCGCUAGACAUAUUCUCAAGGAUUAUGUCAAUGGGAAGCUAUUGUUCUGUCAGCCUCCGCCAUUGGAUAUUGACCCUUUUGAAUUCAACAGAGAGUUGUACAACGAAGGCCAUCUACCGGAGAAGAGACGACAAGCUUUAGCGUCUAUGACCUCCGACGCUGAUGACCACACUUCUGUCGCGGAUAGCGAUAUCAUCGACAUGCCGCAAGGACCAAAAUCAAAGAAAUUGGACAGUACUUUCUUCGCUCAAGGACAAGGCAACUCGGCACACUUACGAAUGCCUUUCAGUCACAAGUACUCUGAGCAAGGAACUGCAAGCGGAAAACAACUGUCGGGAAGGAAACAGGCAACCUUAAUAGCUUUAGAGAAAGACAUGGAUCCAAAUGAUGUUAAGAAAUUGACUAGUAAAAAGCAUUUCAAGGGUAACAAACCAGGUGGAAAAGGCAAGCGAAGAGCGGAUUAUCUUGCCGAUUAAAGGUCACAUAUCGGAUUUGGGUCAUAAAAAGGAUACCUCAACAGCGGUGGCGGUUUGCAUGUUUGAUUGGAGUUUGCGGUAUUGAUUAAGUAGAAAAAUGAACAUCACCUCGGCCAACAAGUGCUGGGUUCUUAGCAAUAUGAACUGAUUUCUCGUACCAUUGAUUUCAU